AUGCCUUCUGCUCAAAACCUGUCGGCUAGGGGUCCAUUUGCGGCCAUAUGCCUUGCGAAUAGAUACGAUAAAUUCAAGCUUCUCGAAGAUGAUUCGGUUCUCCCUCCAGAUCUAGAUUAUCCUAUACACCCCCUGUUUGAUCACUCCAAUUUUUCGAAUACUCCUCCAGAGGUAUACCAAACUCUUGAACAAUGUCUACGAUUGGCAUCGACAUUUCUGCACGAUGACUCGGUUCUUGAAUGGUUCGUCAUACCAUUGUUUGGCCUGCCUCUGUUCGAUGUGCAAUCUGGAAAGACCUAUCUUUCGGAUCCGCUGAUCGAUAAGACGCCACGCGAGAAAAAGGCAUUGGUUCAGGAAGUCUCUGUAGCUCUGAAAUGUCUCGCACACUGUGUUCGGUUUGAAUUUUUCAAGACUACCUCGUCGGGCAAGUUUUAUGCUCGGACCUUGAUGGAUUCAAGGAGACCUCUACACGACAAUUCAUCUUGUACUCCGCACUUCAAACAAUCUAUGUCAGCAUUGAUUCAGUUGCGUAAACAGUACUGGGAGUUUCUCACACAAUACUACGCGAAGGCUUCCAUGUGCGAGAAACUUCGCCAUGACUUCUGCCUAGCAACUGCGAUACUCCACGAAGUAACCCAUGCUGUUGGAAUCCUCAGAAGGGGUGACAUGAAAGAGCCUCACAUCCGUCUUGACCACCUCGCGACCCCUGAAUUCGGAUUUGCGUGGGAGAACUUCAUGUUCGGCGGCGUGAUCAACCCAUUGAAUCGAUCAUCGAGCCAUGUCUCGCAUCUAAUGAGAAAAGUGUGGCAAGAUGACGAGACUGCUAUGAAGUUUGGCGGAAAAGAGUGGUCUAGUGUCCCAAUGUCUUACAUUGCACAGUGGUUCCGUAAAGAUACCUGGAAACAGAUUUCCAAAUACGGUCCAACUGCAGUUCCCCCACCAGAAGUGUCGCUAAAGCUAAGAUUCGAAACGACAUACUACACUCUUUUAACAGACAACAAGGACACAGCAGCCUUUUUCUCACGUAUUCGAAGCAAGCUUGCGCAUCGCUUUUGUAACCAAGAAUCCACGCUGACCGCUAUGAGCAUGUUCAUACUGCAGCUCAAAGUGGAAAAGGUCGACACGAUAGCUCUACAGAAACCCAACCUUCCCUUACCUUCCAGAUUAGGGUCAACAUCGUCACGCCUCCCAGUUGAAAACGUGAUGAAGAGAUUGAGUAGCUCCCGCAACUUAAGACCAAGACCACUACCAUAUUCGGGACCGCGGAGGACCGGAUCAUACACACAGCUGAAAAGAUCAUCCGAGUCUGAUGGCUGCCAUCGCAAGGAUCCCAGACCUGCGAAGCGUCAAAAAAGGUAG